AGUGACCGUAGGAACAUAAAAAGAUAGACCAGCAGAUUGUUAGUCCUACCAAACUGGUAACUCUUUGGCCCCAGAAGGACAAUUUCUAGCUAUAUUGUAGAACAGUUGUGAGAUAAAACUUCCCAUUUCCAUUUCUGCUGCUCUGAAGUGUGGAUGAGAACCGAAAACGUCUGGAUGGAGGCGGACGCCUUCGCCAUAGCCUUUGUCGGCGCAAACAGAAACAUUCUUAAUCACUUCUCCGUUUUUUCUGCUUCCUGCAUCAAGCGUUGAUAAACUUCCUCUUUAUGUCAAAAUAGGACCCUUUUGCAAUGUGUGAACCACCAAAUAUUUCAAGCUCUUUGUUAUGUUCUCACUUCCCUGCUCUUGGAACAUUAAAAUGCGGGUGUACAAACCAGAAGCUGGUUAGAACGAGGGACGGGAUCCAACAGAAGUCAAGAUUCAACACUCGGAGAGCUAUUUUCUUCUUUUUAUGCCACAGAGGGGUUGGCCAGCAUGAUGACAACAAUGAGCACCAAUCCCACUAUCCUCAUGUUCUUCUGUGGGCAAAUAUGGUGGAACCCCAUCUUUGCAGAGACAAAGGGGGCUGCAAACUCCUCCACUUCCACUUCCUCUCCCUCUCUGAUUCCAUCAGUCACAGCAACAGAAGCCGACACGAUUUUCACCACCCAAAUGCAUUCCUCCCAAACAAGAACACUGGGAGGUUCCACCAAAAACAACAGGCCAUUGUCCACGGCGAAGCCCCAGAAGCCCAUAACGGAGGGGCCCAAAUCUCACAACGAACAUGUAUUAACAGCAGUCGUAAUUGGGGUCACCCUGAUUAUCAUGAUUGCCGUUAUUGUCGGCAUCUUCCUAUGGAAGCGAUGGAGGAAGGCCGCUUCGCCGCUUCCACACUGGGCUGGUCGCUCCCCCUUUGCGGAUGGAGACGUGCCAGAAGUCGCGCCGGACAAAGAAGUGGCCAAUGGCCUGAAGCGGGUGUCUGUCCUCUCUCUCCUGCCAUGGAAGUUUAACAAGGAGACACAGCUACUGGAAAACGCAGAUGGGCCCUUGUCUGAAUCGAGGCAGGAUCUGGACACUGCAUCUAGAUGUGACACUGAGGAGUCUGGUCCUACAGCAACAGGGAACUCGGUCUCGUCAACAAGCGAACAAACGGCGGUCUCUGAAGAACCAAGCGACAUGGUUGACGUUCCACUUCAAGCUUACAGCCCUGAGCCUCUUAACCUGCCUCCUCCACCCAACUGGCUUGGUGGCCUCAAUGGGGACCUCGGUCCCACUCAACCAGAGUCCCUUUCACUUGAGCCAUAUGCUGAGAUCCACCGCCCGAUGCCUCUCGAUGCCACCUAUCAAACGCCAAGCGAAGCACUACUGCUGCCUCCACCACCAGACGAACUCUUAUCAAACUGAUUCAAAGUGCUGUAAACUCGGAACCCUGGACUCUGUCAAUUGGUUGAUUGAGACAAAUCACCUUCCCUGUCUCAAUUCCUCCUCUGAUGUUCUGGCUGUCUGCUCAGGACAGACGGAAUAAAUUCCAGACUCCUUUCAGUUCAGCUAUCAAAAGCAGCUCAAACUUUAUUGCAGUAUGUACAGCUUAUUUACAUUGCAGACUGGACAACAACCAGACGCCAUCCGACUACAUUGGAGGACAUGAACAUUCCAUUCUUAUCUCUAAACAUAUGUACAUCCGGCUAGAAAGUGGAACCUCCCAAAGUUACCCUCUAGCCAUUCAUCCCCAACCUAUGCAUUUAACCUCUUAACUACUAUAUUACACACACUCCUUAACUCUGUCUCAUGGAAUUCCAUAGACUACUAUUGCAUAUCACAUCUUCAACAACUUCUUGCAAAUAACAACCUCUUUGCAGAAGCCAAAGCGUUUAACAGAGAACCUGAUCCGCUUUUCUGCUCAAUGCUUUUGUAAGCAAAGAGAAACCACAAUGCCCACAUUAUUAGCACUGCAAAGUCAACAGGUCCAUCUCACCUGGCUUCUCAUAUUCUUCACCAAAUGCCUUCAAGAAAGCCACAAGAUGGACACAAGCAUUAAGUAUUAUUCAGUGGUGGACUCUCAUCCCAAUGGCAGAUCCAUUUGGACCACAAUACUAUUUUUAAGGGAAACCUUCAUGCCACGAUCAACACAGAAUCCUCUCUGUUGGGCUUUCGAACUCAUGGCGUGGUGUUUGAACUUGGGCCCUGAGCAUUGGGCAACUAACAUUGAUAGUUAAAUCAAUGACUGUGUCUUCUGCAUUUGGUACUUUUGGAUCGUGAAGGCACAGCUGUACUUCCGAUUCAGUCUCCUUUUCUUUGAACUGGAUGUCCAAUCGCCUAGCCUACAUGCAAGGAGCUAUGACCAUCAGAUCGUAUUCUACUCUUCUUCCCUCAACUACAGAUAACUUAAGUUAGUUUUCGUAAACUACGGUACUUUUAAGUAGUUGGCUAUUUAGCCACCUUAAUAUUGAAUUUGCUAAGCACCAGUAGAAGGUUACAAGAGACACUCAAUGCAUUUUCUCUGUAUAAGAUCUUGUGAUGGUUGGGGUAUAUGUGAAGAAAAGCCCUUCAUAUACAACAGUGAAGUCAAGAGAAAAAGCUUCCGGGUGGCUGCCCCUAUAUUUUAGAAUUCUCUCCCUAAGGAUGCCAUACUGGCUCCCUCCUUGUUGUUCUUAAAAUUCUUUUAGAAGGUAUGGUCAGAGCUUAAUCCGAUUUAAUAUUGCUUUUGUAUCCCUUUAAUUGUAAUCUUUAAAAUGUAUAAGCUGCCUCGACUCCCAGUCUUGAAAUAAAAAAUGAAAUCUAUGCACAUAAUAAAAGUGAAAAUAUGUA